CCCAACUUCGUAACUUCGUUCACUUACUCAACACGCGAUAUACCAAGCGACGCACCAUGUCGCCACUUCUAUACCGCUUCAUGUGGAUUCUAUGACUUGAGAAGGCCCCAAUGAAGCAAUUUCUGUACAAAUAAGUCGAGAAAGAAACUGCAGCAUUUCGCACGCGAAAGCACGACAUCGCGCUAAAUGGUCAUGAUGCAUGCGAUCACCUCGCGACCGCCCAGGAGAGCCAAUCAUGGCUUGGCUCUUGCUUAACCGCGACCCUUGCAGUAAAGAUGAUCUGGGCGAUGAACCGAACCGAUACCCUUCAGAGAUGAGCUGGCGACCGCCCGGCUUUCCAGAAUAGCAGAAUGUUCGACUGCAUGGCCAUGGAGCCGAGACACGUGCGGCACACGUUGCCGGCAAGGAAUACGCUAUGCUGCUGGGUCUUCAAAAUCUUCUUCUUCUCAUUCCUGGACGUGGUGAACAGUUCUGUAUCUUCCUCAAUUUGAGUUCCCACGAUGGCCGACUUGGAUGUCUCGAAGGACGGCCUCCCGACAACAGGCGUUCACGCAACGAAGGCUUCCUCGGCAGCUACGUCAGACGUGGACGACAACUAUGAAGUCUACAGGCAGCACGAGCAAGAGCCGAUAGAUCCUGCAGAGUCGAAGCGAGUGCUUCGCAAGAUCGAUUUGCGCUUGAUGCCCAUCCUCUGGCUCCUAUACCUGCUGCAGUAUCUGGACAAGAACGGCAUCAAUUAUGCAUCUGCGUAUGGUCUACAGAAAGGCACAAAUCUACAUGGCGACCAGUACAGCUGGCUAGCAUCGAUUUUCUACUUUGGCUACCUCGCUGGACAAUGGCCUGGCGGAAUACUGAUGCAGAAGCUUCCUAUUGGCAAGUUUCUUGCUGGUACCUGCGUGGCAUGGGGCAUUAUCCUCCUGACAACACCGGCAACGACGAGCUUCGCCGGCAUUGCAACCAAUCGAUUUCUGCUAGGUUUGAUCGAAAGUCCUGUUAACCCGGGCUUUGUAAUCAUGGUGGGCAUGUGGUAUGUUUCGGCCGAGCAGCCCCUUCGACUCGAAGCAUAUUACUGCACGAAUGGAAUCGCGACUAUGUUUGGUGGACUCAUCGGAUACGCUGUUGGCCACAUCAAUGGAUCCCUGGACCGAUGGAUGUACAUCUUUCUCAUCUUUGGCAGCUGGUCUUUCGCAGCAGGCAUCCUUGCCCUAGUUGUGCUACCAGAUCUGCCCUCCAAGGCCAAGUUCUUGACGCCACGUGAACGCUACGUUGCUGUAGAGCGUGUCGCAAAGAACCGACAAGGAGUCAAGAACUCGCACUUCUCUCGCUACCAAGCGUUGCAAACGAUCCAGGACCCGAAAACUUGGAUCCUGUUCAUCAUGGCGGUUGGUGCGCAAGUUCCGAAUUCGGCACUGACGAGCUUUACAUCGUUGAUCAUCAAGUCUUUCGGUUUCGAUACGCUUGGCACACAGUACCUGCAGAUCCCGGGUGGAGCAGUGCAGUUCCUGUCGCUGCUUGGCGGCGGCUUUCUCUGCUCAAAGUUUCCAAACAUCAGAUGCCCAACCAUGAUUGUUGCCAAUUUGAUCUGUAUCCUUGGAGCUGGGAUGCUUGUGGGCUUACCAGAAAGCAACAAGUGGGGCCGUCUAGUCGCUAUCUGGCUUUGCUACUUCCAAGGACUUGGUUUCUCAAUGUCCUUAACCAUGAUUAGCAGUAACAUUGGAGGCUUCACGAAGAAACAAUUGACAGGCGCGAUCAUCUUCACUGGAUACUGUGUCGGAAACAUCAUCGGACCACAGACAUUCAAGGACAACGAGUCUCCAGGCUACCAUUCGGCAUACAUCGCCAUGCUUGUCGGAUACAGCGUUAAGUUGACGGCUGUGUGUGUGCUCUACUUUUACAUGUGGUCUAGCAACCAAAAGAGGGAUCGCGACCUGGCCGCUUCAGGUAUGACGAAAGAAGACGAGGAGAGGGCUGCAAUCGAGAGCGGCAUGCAAGAUAUGACAGAGAUCGACAACAAAGGCUUUAGAUAUGUCUUAUAAUCGCGAGCAGCAAUCUAAUCUUUCUCUCUGUUGAAAACGAUUUAUCAAUUGCAGAUUGUUCCAGACUGCGGCCAACACGCAUUUUCAAGCGCGAUCAGCACAAUGAUGGCCAGAGUCGUUCGCAGAUCUUGAUGAUGUCGAGAAAGUUGCUAUGAUGUAUGACGCAAAUUUAAAGUCUCGCAGGAUUCCGAGCCCGCACUUUUC